AGCUGUUCAACCCGCCCAUCCCGCACGCUUUCCCCUCCUCCACGCUUUUACCCUACCCGCCUCCUCCCCCACCCACUGAUCCAUUCUAGAACCUUCCAGAAGCGAACGCGAGAGCCCGGUUGGGCAUGGCGAUGGCGACGCACACGGGGGUCGCCGCCUCCAAGGUCCUCAUCCUCGUCGGCGCAGGCCUGACGGGAUCGAUCGUGCUGCGGAAUGGUCGCUUGUCCGAUGUGUUGUCGGAGCUCCAGGAGCUCAUGAAGGGCGUGAAUCAGGGAGAAGGUCCGGGCGCCCUUGAUAUGGCCCUUAUCCAAGCUCAGAUUCGAAAUUUAGCCCAAGAAGUCAGAGAUUUGACUCUAUCAAAGCCCAUUACCAUUUUGAGUGGCAAAUCUGACUCUGGUGGCAGUUUAUCAUCCUACAUACUGCCAGCUGCUGCAGUUGGAGCAUUAGGUUAUUGCUAUAUGUGGUGUAAGGGAUGGUCCCUCUCAGAUGUCAUGUUUGUCACUAAACGCAAUAUGGCCAGUGCUGUUGACAGCAUGUCAAAGCAAUUGGAGCAAGUUUCAUCAGCACUAGCAGCAACAAAAAGACAUCUAACUAAGCGCCUCGAGAAUUUGGAUGGCAAAAUGGAUGAGCAAGUGGAGAUGUCCAAACAUAUCCGGACUGAGGUCAUUGAUGUUAAAACCGACCUAUCUCAAAUUGGCUUUGACGUUGAAGCAAUUCAACAGAUGGUAGCCGGAUUGGAAGAGAAGAUCGAGUUGCUUGACAAUAAACAGGAUGCGGCUAAUGCUGGUAUAUGGUACCUUUGCCGAAUGGCAGGAGGUAUCAAAGAGGGAUUAAACACCAAGUUUUUCCAGGAAGCUGAUGAAAAACUCAAGCUCUUAGACGUGGCUCAAACUGAAAAGAAGUCGGUGAAGGGUCUUGAGCUAUUUCUGGAGAGCAGCACCAAGGAAGUGAAGGCAAUCGACUCCAAGCCUAACACCAUUGCACAGAACGAUGCCAAGAAACCCAUGAAAACGUUUGAUGUGCCCCUUAAGAGUGCUGCGGUGCACAGAUCAAACAGGGUCUUGUUUCGGAAGGAAGGCCUUGCGUUGUGAUCAACGCUUGCCUCAUCGCUUGCUCUGUACAUUGCAUUCUUGAUUGCUUUGUUUGAUAGAAAAUAUAGAAGAAUAAACCUGCAUCCGGAGUGAUGAUUUUCCAGGAUAGACAGGUGUGGGGUUUUUAUCUGUCGAAAAGCAACUUGUAUCUUUUUUAUUUGUAUUUUGAUUCAGUUACAUGUUUUGAUUUGAUAUUGUUCACUUGUAAACAAAGUGAGGGAAAAUAAAUAAAUCUAAUACGUUUUGCUUUCCUGUUG